AUGCCACGGUUUCUAGCUGGGGAGAGGUUCGGUGCCUGGUUUAAUCGUUUUCUGGGAGCCAAGCCUCCAGCUAAGGAUCCCAAUACUACGGCAGCUGAAACUAUCCUGGAUGAUAUUCAGCGUAUCGAAGCCAGCUUAGCUAUUACUCCACUGCAUAGGCCACACCGUGCACACCUUUUGAUGCAAUUGAGUAGCUGCCUAGCCAAAAGAUAUCACCAAGAUGGAGACUUAGAGCACCUGGAAAAAGCCAUCGAGCACCUCCACCUUGCGCAAGACAUGAAGGUAUUGGAUAGCUCCACGCGUGCACAUAUAUGCGCGGAUCUCGGUUCCUGCCUGUUGCAGCGGUUUCGCCAUUUCGGAGAAACCACCGAUCUCCUCAAAGUUAUAGAUUUUAUAACUUUCUCUUUAUCGGAAGUGAGCGAGGACCUUGCAAUGCGUGUGGAACUCUUGAACCGACUCAGUACGGCUUUACGCCUUCGGUAUGACGCUGUGGAGGAAUUGGACGACUUGAACGGAGCGAUACGGCAUCUACAGGAGGCUGUGGAGACAGUGACAGCACAGAUGAAUGUCCCAAAUCAUCAAAUAAUGCUUAGAAAUCUCUCAUCACUCUUCCAUAUACGAUAUGAACGUCUCGGGGACUUGGCUGAUCUUGACUCCGCGAUAAAGUUCAUGGAGGCUACUAUCUCAGCGACACCGGUGGACGAUCCUUUGACUCGGGGGCACUUGCUUUAUUACCUGAGCACUUCUGUGCUGCAGAGGUAUGAGAAGCUACACAAUCUACAUGAUCUCGAAGCGGUCAUGGAACAGACGCUUGCAGCGCUUCAGGUGUUACCGGCGGGGCAUACACUCGUAGUGAUGCUUUUUGAAAACAUGAGCAACGCACACGAAGCGCGCUACAACCUACAAGAAGAUCCUAAUGACAUAGAUACAGCCAUCUUAUACAUGAAAAAGGCAAUAGAAAAAACAGAGGCUAAAGACGUUUACCAACGUGCUGUUCGAUUAACCAAUUUGUCCAACAUGUUCUUGUCUAGGCACGAGGAACGCCCUUCCGACUCUGACCUUAAUGAGGCGAUUGAAUGCGCAAGUAAGGCUGUCCACUAUGUUCGCCGAUCUGACGAUACUGCUCCUCUAUCGAAUAUGUUGACAAAUCUGGGGAUAUGUUACAAUACGCGAUUCCGAUAUACGGGUUUCCAAGACGCGGGGGAUCUGGAAAGGGCCACCGAUGCCGCCAGAUCUGCUAUCGAAGUGCUUGGAGUAACAAACCUUGACCAUCCGGAUCGGCCAGGUCUUCUCUGUAAUCUAGCAGCCGGUCUCAGCAAUCGCUAUUUAUUGUCCAAUGACUUGAAUGAUCUGGAGGUUGCAAUAGGGAACCUGAAUGAGGCGAUAGCUAGAAUGCAUGAAGCGGAUCCUGAUCGCGCCAACAUGCUGAUCAACAUGGCCUCGCUCCUCGACCUCCGUUACAAACGUCUACGAGCGGUCAGUGACCUAAACGAUGGGAUCAAGUACGCCGAAAAAGCAUUAGAAGUAAUUUGUAACCAGAAGAGGGAGACUGGCCGAGCACUUCGCACCCAGGUUGAAUAUACACGCACACUCUGUCACCUGCUCAAUAUCCGCAGCCAAAGAUUGAACUGCCCACAAGAUCUUGAUUCCGCAAUACUACAUGCAGGAUCUAUGCUGGGCGUACUGCCGGACAGUCAUCCAGACCGCUCAAAGGUUCUGAAAGAUUUGAGUGUUUACCUGAUCAUUCGGUAUAAUAGACAGCAGGCACUGAGUGACCUGGAUGAAGCUACGGUCCACAUGAAGUCCUGUAUAGAAGAGACUGCCAAAGAUGAUCCCGAUCGAGUGAGUAGAUUGAAUCAACUUGCGGUUAUCCUUAUUUCUCGCUAUAGUCGGCUCAGAGAACCGGCCGACCUCAAGGAGGGCAUUGAACAUGUCGAAGAAGUAUUGGAAAUGACACCUGAGAACGAUCCGAAGCGUGCAGAGAGCCUGACCUAUCUUAGUAAUCUGCUCCGAUGGCAGCACCGGCGACUUGAUGCCGCAGGUUCUCUCCAGGCCGCCGUGGCGUGUGCAGAGGCAGCUGUGAGAGCAACCCCGGCCCUCCAUCCAGACUAUAAGUGCAGGCUGGGAGACCUGAGCGCUGCCCUCCACGCCCGUUAUGAUAGGUUUGGUAAUAUAGAGGAUCUAGAACUGGCAAUUCGCCAUACUGAAACCUGUCUCAAAGAUACCGCGGUGGGGAGCCCGGGGCGCACUCGUAGCCUGAUCGACCUGGGUGGGAUGCUUAGGUGCAAAUACCGUCGAUUCGGAGCACUUUCAGACCUAGAGGCUGGAUUCGAAUACAUCAAGGCUGCCGUGGCAGAGACACCGCUCGACCACCCAGACAGAGAGAGGAUAGUGAACACCCUUGGCCCUUUUCUUGGUUCUCGUUAUGCGCGGUUAGGCGCCUCUGCCGACCUCGAAGCCGCAAUUCAGCGUAGUAAGGCUGCUCUUGAGGCCACAAAACCAGAUGACCCUUCCUUCGCUGAUAGGCUUGAAUCUGUGGGGGGCUAUCUGACAACUUUGUAUAUGGCAUACCGUACCCCCUGUGACCUGGAUGAGGCAAUCCAGCAUAUUGAAAAGGCUCUGGAAAUCACUCCGGAGGAUGAUCCCGAGCGUCCUGGUAGGCUGUCGAGUUUGGGCAAAUGUUACCACGUCCGGUUUGAGCACUCGGCUUUUAAUGAUAGAAAUAUGAACGACCUUGAUGCAGCCAUCGAAUAUGAAAAUCAAGCUGUGCUGGCUACACCUCUUGACGUACCUUCCCGUGCACACAGGCUCACUUGCCUUGGGACAAAUCUGAGAUUAAGGCACAAGUUAAAGUUGCAAAAGGGACUCUAUGCAGAUGAUGAUCGGACAAGAGCAUUCAAUGCUUUUAUCGACGCCUGGAAAUGCCAGACGGCACCCCCGAAUACCCGUGUGCAGGCAGUUUGGCGCGCCGUCAAAUUCUUCCAGUCAUACGAACUAAUAUCGCCGUUAGAGUCUAGUAUCCUACUAGAGGAGGCCGUCGAAUUGUUACCUAAGAUCAGUCUACGGUCGCUGGAGCAAGAUGACCAGCAACAGCUACUGUCAAGCUUGUAUGGGCUCUCGUCACUAGCGGCCUCGUCUGCACUAGAGGCAGGACGUGGAGCAUACAUCGCCUUGAAACUGCUUGAGCUUGGGCGAGGAAUCAUCACUGGCUUUGCAAUCGACAAUCGGAGUGAAAUGUCAGAUUUACAGACGUCACAUCCAACCUUGUUCGAUUCACUCAUCAAUCUUCGAACAGAGGCCAACUCGCCAUUGCCAGAGAAGGGUACAGGGAAUCCGACGGAUUAUCUAAAUUCCUCAGCAUCGAAGCGGAGGAUUGCUCUGGAGCAAAUGGAUGCUCUCUUGGAAAGGAUCCGUGAGAUACCCGAGUACAAAGGCUUUCUCCUACCGCCCAGCCCGGAAUCCUUGAUGAAAAUGGCAGAGCACGGCUCAAUCGCUAUCAUGUGCGCCACCCCUCUCCGGAGCGAUGCCAUUAUCAUCACAAAGUCUGCAAUAGAAUCGAUCGAGCUUAAAAAGUUACUUUACAAGGAUGCCAAAACCAAAAUGCGAGACAUGGCGAUGAAUUUAGUUAGGGGUGGAUUCGGGACCUGGGGCAAGAGAAACAAGGAGAUGGUCAAACUUCUGGCUUGGCUUUGGGAGACGGCUGUAAAGCCCGUGUUGGAUAAGGUAAAUCCAGAGUCGAAGAACUCAAGGAUCUGGUGGAUUGGGAUCGGGGAAUUGAGUAGGGCACCUUUCCACGCCGCCGGAUAUCAUAAGAAAGGGUGCUCGAAAUACGCCAUGAAUAAAGUCAUCUCCUCCUACAUCCCAACAGUAAAGUCUCUACUGUACGCUCGUCAGCGGGACUUGAGAUUAAACAUGACCUCCACGCUUGAUUCUCAACUUCUCCUGGUCACCAUGCCCUCAACCCCCGGGCAUCCAGACUUGCCUAGUGUUCAAGGGGAGGUCGCAGCCCUUGUUGAAAUCGUUGAAAAUAAAGAGCCCUUUGAUAAGAUAGUACCUUGGAAGACAAAGAUCUUACAAGAGCCCUGUGCCAAGGGCGUGAUGGAACAGCUUCCUGAGUUUGAUGCGGUUCAUUUUGCUUGCCAUGGUGUUUCAGAUAGUAACAACCCAUCGAACAGCAGUCUACUCCUUUUGAAUAAGGCUGUUGAAGGAGAUAGCAUUGAUAGGUUGACGGUACGAGAUAUAUCCAGAGCAACCUCCUCAAAAGCCCAGCUUGCAUAUCUCUCAGCCUGCAGCACUGCCGAUAAUGCUGCAAUUGAGUUGGGAGACGAGACCAUUCAUCUCGCAGGCGCCUUUCAGCUUGCGGGCUUCAACCAUGUUGUUGCCACUAUGUGGCAAUCGAGAGACACAGCGUGUAAAACUGUGGCAGAAGGUUUCUACACUAGGUUAUAUCGUGGUGAUGGUGGUGGUGGUGGUGGAAAUAGCGGGGCGGGAGGUAAUUCGGGAGAUACGCAUCUGGCGGUCAGCAUGGCUCUUCACGAGGCGGUGAAGAAAGCAAGGGCUGAAUGUAGAGAUAGGCCACUUACCUGGGCUCCGUUCAUUCACACGGGGGCAUGA